AUGAUGCACCCCACUUACAUGACAUUUGCCAUGUACACCAAGCUGUGCUGUGACCUGAAGAAGAUUCAGGCUUCCGUCUUGGGAGCAGUGGCAUUCAAUUUCCUGUAUAGCUUUCCAGUGUUUAGCUUUCGCAAAGAGCUUGAUAUGAACGACUUUGGCCUGCUCAUCGUUCGGCUUCCGUGCUGGGAUCUUGAUGCACAGGACUAUGUUGGGCUUCUCCGCGAUAGGGGCAUGUCGCUGACUACUUCCUGCUUUACUGCAUUCGACCGGCCAGUUGGUGUGACCGUUAAAUUGUGCUUGUUGCAGAGUUUCUGUCUGUUCGGCUCGUUCGAGGUCGAACAUGUCACCUGCAAUCCUUAUGGAGUCGCAAAGGCGCGACCUCUCCCGGCUUUGAGCUUCCCCAUCCAUGACCAGCAUGCUCCAACUGCCGAUAACAAAACAUCACAUCCAGCGCCAGUACCAACCCUCAUCAGGACACAUGCGCGCCUUCUCACCUCAUCGGCAAGGUCGAAAUUCCACCUUAUCAAGCCUCAAUCAGAUGUUCAGGCUGGCACACGCCAAAGCAUUGCUAGCGACGCGCAUUCCCCAGGAGCUGAUGCAGCAGUGUCAGAACCCGUCAUCCCUAAGCCUGACGGCCAAGUAGGUCGCCCAGGCCGAGGAGGUUACACGCUUAGUGAUGAGUUAGGGAGACACGGGUGGGAUACCGUGAAGUAUAACAAGUUUCUGAAGGACAUCGGUGACUUGGCAGUCAGGUAUUUGGAAUUGGACAAGACAAUCUCGAAACAGAAUCAGACGAUGUUGGACGCAGUGUAUGCCCAGGCUACGAAGCUCUAUCCCCAGCUCGCGCACUACAAGAAGAGUUGGCCGGUCAGAGACGUUCUGAAGACCAAGUUAGGAAACACGACCUACAUGACCAAGAAGGAUAGGGGGAAGGAGCAGGAGGCCCGCACAUCUGUUGCACCGGCUGUGUUGUAA